AUUUUGAUGCAUGCAAGUGAAGCAAAAACUGAAAAUGAAAUAAGAAAAACAAAAGAGAAAGAAAAUAUGAUUUAGAAAGCUUUGUGGCUUGUGCUUGACAAGUUUUUUAGCUUUGUCAAUAUUCAUCUUUGUGUUCUGCAUUUGGGUUUUGUUCUGUGAAAUUUUCAGAGAAGAAAACCAGUAAGGAGUUGCUGGUUUUCUUUGAGGAGGGUUCAGUUCUUUUGAUAAUGUCGGGAAACGUUUAUUUAUGGUAGUUAAUGUGAUGGCUGAUUCGGCUUCAGAGUCUUAUGUUCAGUCUGACACUUUUGGCCUAAGGCAAAUAAGUAGUUCAAUUUUUGGUAUUCCUGGGUUCCUUGUAGGACUUAGUUCGAAAGGUCCAACUGAUUUGGACUCUGUUAGGAGCCCUACCUCUCCUCUGGAUUUCAGAGUUUUUGCGAACCUUAGCAACCCAUUUGGUGUUAAGUCUCCAAGAUCAACAUCCCAAAAUGGCCAUCAGAAGAAGUGGGAUUGUAGUAAGGUAGGCCUUGGUAUCAUAAAUUCUCUUGCUGAGGAAAACAAAUCAAGUGGUGAAGUUCUUGAGUCAUUAACAAGGAAGAAUAUCGUCUUUGGGCCACAGGUGAAGGCUAACAAUCCUAAUUCCUCGAGUCAUUACCAUGACUCAGUUAAACCUUUUAUGAAAUGCAGUUCUUUGCCUAGAAACUACAUGAUUUCUCCGGUUUCACAAACCAAAACUCCCAACGUCCAUUUGGGUAGCUCAAAUGGUGUUCUUGAGCAUGGAGGAUUCCCAUUAGAGCCUGAAUCAUUAAACAGCUCUGCGCCUUGUUUGUUGGAUUCAACAAAGCUUUCCUCUUCUCUAAUCUGCUCAAAUCAAAGCCCGAAUAUGAGUUCCAAAGCAUUUUAUUCAACAGAUCAAACUACCACAGUGAGUGCACCGCUGGUUACUGACAGAAGUUCCCCAGUGGAUAUUUCUUUAGGCCUUAAGUCAAAUUCUCUUCCGAUAACCAUUGGUUCUGGCAAUGGAUAUGUUGGUUCUCUCUCUGCACGGGAAUUAGAGCUUUCUGAGGAUUAUACUUGUAUAAUAUCUCAUGGUCCAAAUCGUAAAACAAUUCAUAUUUUUGGUGACUGUGUUGUGGAAUGUCAAACUCAUGAGUCGGCCAAUUUUGACAAGGAAGAGCAACGGAUUCAAUUGCCCGAAGGCACUAGGGACCUGAAGGAUUUAACCCCUUAUCCAUCUGAUGAGUUUUUGAGCUUCUGUUACUCGUGCAAUAAAAAAUUGGAAAAGGGUGAAAACAUUUAUAUGUACAGAGGCGAGAAAGCAUUUUGCAGUUUUGAUUGCCGUUCAGAGGAGAUUUUUGCUGAGGAGGAAAUAGAGAAAAGUUUCAACAAUUCCUCCAAAAGCUCUCCUGGAUCAAGUUACCAUGAAGAUCUCUUAGUAAUGGGUAUGCCCAUGACAUAGUGGGCAGUAAUUGUUUUUUCCCCUGCUCUCAUGUCCAUGAGUGAUGAAGUUGUCACUGAGUUAAGUUUCUGUAUCGUCAUCAAACGCUGUGUAUGUGAACCUGUUUGCGGCCGUGGAUGAUCACAGUUUAGUCGUGCUGUUUGUGGACUGUGUUUCAGCUUUCAUGGUAUGGUGAGUUAUGGGAGGCAACAGCAUCGAGUUUCAUCCUGUGUCGGGAUAUAGAUAAUAAUUUUAGACUGUUUUUUUUUUUUUUUUUCACUUCAUAAUUUUGAGUAGAUGGGUUAGCAGUGGCCAAAAGCCCCGGCUCAUCAGUUUUCUUUUCUUGUUCUCAUGCUACCUUUCCCGGUUAGAGUUCAUGUAGAAUCCUUUCAGAUCUAUUGAACUCAUUAAGAGAUGUAAGCGGCAUUCGCAUGAGAUUUGACAUUCUAUAUCUUGUUAUUACUACUUUUUGUAUCUCAGUCCUGAUGUUAUGAAUUUGAUAAUAAAAAGAAUGAUUGAAGUUUUACUU